UGCGCCCGGGCUGCGAGGCGCUGAGGGGAGAGGCGCCGCCGCCAGCGCCGCGGUGGGGACCCGUUAGAGCGGAAGCGCUACAGCCGCCGCCACCGCCUUCGCUGACCCGGGGCCUCAGGUGCCCGACAGGUAGGAGGCGGGAGCCAUGUCGAAGCGGCUCCGGAGCAGCGAGGUGUGCGCUGACUGCAGCGUGCCGGAUCCUUCCUGGGCAUCGGUAAAUCGGGGGACUUUUAUAUGUGACGAGUGCUGCAGUGUCCAUCGGAGUCUAGGGCGCCAUAUCUCUCAAGUAAGGCAUCUUAAACACACGCCGUGGCCGCCAACAUUGCUUCAGAUGGUUGAAACCUUAUAUAAUAAUGGUGCUAAUUCUAUAUGGGAGCAUUCUUUGCUGGACCCUGCCUCUGCUACGAGUGGAAGACGUAAAGCUAAUCCACAGGAUAAAGUGCAUCCUAAUAAAGCGGAAUUCAUCAGAGCCAAGUAUCAGAUGUUAGCAUUUGUUCAUCGCUUGCCCUGCCGGGAUGACGAUAGUGUGACUGCCAAAGAUCUUAGCAAGCAACUCCAUUCAAGCGUGAGAACAGGGAACCUUGAAACCUGUUUGAGGCUGUUAUCUUUAGGAGCACAAGCCAAUUUCUUUCACCCUGAAAAAGGAAACACCCCACUCCAUGUUGCCUCUAAAGCAGGACAGAUUUUGCAGGCGGAAUUAUUGGCAGUGUACGGAGCAGACCCGGGCACACAGGACUCCAGUGGGAAAACUCCUGUUGAUUAUGCACGGCAAGGAGGGCACCACGAGCUGGCAGAACGCCUCGUAGAAAUACAGUAUGAGCUGACCGACAGGCUGGCCUUCUAUCUCUGCGGCAGGAGACCAGAUCACAAAAAUGGACAGCACUUUAUAAUACCUCAAAUGGCAGACAGACGGCUCAGCCUGGAUUUGUCUGAACUGGCAAAAGCUGCUAAGAAGAAACUUCAAUCUCUAAAUAAUCAUUUGUUCGAAGAACUUGCCAUGGAUGUGUACGAUGAAGUUGACAGGCGAGAGACUGACGCAGUCUGGCUUGCUACGCAAAACCACAGCACCCUGGUGACCGAGACAACUGUCGUCCCCUUCCUUCCGGUCAAUCCCGAGUACUCUUCCACACGGAACCAGGGCAGACAGAAAUUAGCUCGGUUUAACGCCCAUGAGUUUGCCACACUGGUUAUUGACAUUCUCAGUGAUGCCAAGAGGAGACAGCAAGGCAGUCCUCUCUCUAGUUCAAAAGACAAUGUGGAGCUCAUACUAAAAACAAUCAAUAACCAGCACAGUAUUGAGAGUCAAGACAAUGACCAGCCGGACUAUGACAGCGUGGCAUCCGAUGAAGACCCGGAUCUGGAAGCCACUGCAAGCAAGGCACACAGGCAGAAGAGCCUAGAUUCAGAUUUAUCAGAUGGACCAGUCACUGUGCAGGAAUUUAUGGAGGUCAAAAACGCUCUAGUGGCUUCUGAGGCCAAGAUACAACAGCUAAUGAAGGUGAAUAACAACUUGAGUGACGAGCUGAGAAUUAUGCAGAAAAAGCUUCAAACACUCCAGAGUGAAAACUCGAACCUCAGGAAACAGGCUACAACCAAUAUAUAUCAGGUGCAAACUGGUUCUGAGUACACAGACACUUCCAACCACUCGUCCUUAAAGCGACGUCCGUCUGCCCGGGGCAGUAGGCCCAUGUCCAUGUACGAGACGGGAUCAGGUCAGAAACCGUAUCUCCCAAUGGGAGAAGUGAGCCACCCGGAGGAGAACAGGACGAGACUCCAGCCUUUCCCUGCACACAUUGGGAGGAGUGCGCUUGUGACCUCCUCUUCGUCUCUGCCUUCCUUCCCCUCCACACUGUCCUGGUCCAGGGACGAAAGCACCCGAAGGGCGUCCAGACUGGAGAAGCAGAACAGCACACCUGAGAGUGACUACGACAACACUCCCAAUGACACGGACCCAGACGACAUGGGCUCAAGCAGGAAGGGAAGGCAGAGGAGUAUGAUGUGGCAAGGUGAUGGCUCAGUACCCGAUCUAGCAGAACCCACCACAGCCCCAAGCCCCAUCCUCCCCAGCACGGAAGACGUCAUCCGGAAAACUGAACAGAUCACAAAAAACAUCCAGGAACUCUUAAGAGCAGCCCAAGAAAAUAAACACGACAGUUAUAUUCCCUGCUCGGAGAGGAUACAUGUGGCUGUUACAGAAAUGGCAGCAUUAUUCCCCAAAAAACCCAAGUCUGACAUGGUGAGGACUUCCCUUCGCUUACUGACGUCCAGUGCCUACCGGCUCCAGUCCGAGUGCAAGAAGACCCUCCCGGGGGACUCAGGCCCGCCCACGGACAUCCAGCUGGUCACGCAGCAGGUCAUCCAGUGUGCGUACGACAUCGCCAAGGCCGCCAAGCAGCUGGUCACCAUCACCACCAAAGAGAACAACAACUGACCGGGCGGGGCGCCGGCCCUGCCGUUUUCCAGGCGUUUCAGGGUCCGGUUACAGAGCGAGACACGGAACUGUUGGAUUUUUACCAGAAACUUUCAUUUAAUGAAAGUUUAAAACUUUUUUUAAAAACUCAGUAUUAUUUUUGCAUGUUUUCUAACAAAUUUUCAACUAUUAAUUUAACCCACUUGCCUUAUUUCGUGACUGUGAGUUCAUGAUCAUAGACAUCCAAAAGCAUAGCUUCAUUGUUGCAAGUUUGUUACAACUUUUCCAGUCCUUCAAACUCCCCACCUGGGGUCAAAACUGAAUGAUAUGUUUUAGUAAAACAUUUUCUUGAGAGAGUUGGGUUAAAAACACCCGACAUUAUCUGUCCCCUACCAGGCAUCGUGCAAUGAGUGCGUUUUCCCGCCUACGGCAGACUCGCUGAGGUCGGAGCCUCUGCAGGCACGUGCGCGGGGACAGGGCUGUGCGCUUCUUUAAACAGCUGACGCUCUCUCUCGGAAGGAGGCAGUGCAUUGCCCCACUUCUUUGACCUGUUCUAUCAGAUGUUCUUUUUCUGUCUUGGUCUUCCGUCUGUUUCUAUCUUACUAUCAUCCUGAAGUCUCCAUGGCAUCAGAUAAGCACUCAUCCUCCAUGUCGCGUGUCACUUGGCCACAUCCAGGGAGGAGCACCCCGUGUCACCCCACGUGGUCUGCUGCUCAGCCUCACCCUCACCACAGGGAGCCAGACUCGCACUGGUCGGCCCCACGGCCCACGGUUCGCUCUGUGCCACUGCACUCCUCUCUCACUGCCGUAAACCACGGGGAGAGGGGCAGGCUGCUCCCUGACCUCGUGUCGUGCCUCUCACCUCUCACCCGAAACUCGGUCACUCCUUUCAGCACUUAAAGCUUUCUCACAUGACCUGCUUCGCACAGCUUGCCACCUUUAAGGACUUCUUGUAAGGUAAGAUGUAUACAAUCAUCUGAGUUUAUUUCUUUCCCAUGAUCUUGCUGGUACUUCAAAAUUGGACAUCAGCUUUCAAGAUAUCCUUAGAGAGUAUGUUCUGGCUGACUGCCAGCUAUACCGAGGCUAUGGAAGAGUACAGGUUUAAGUUCUAGAACAUGCCGAGAUUGUUUUCUGAGUUGCUAAAGAGCUCUUUCUUGUUCUGAAUGCUAACACGUAUUUCCUGUACCUGCUUACUACAGCUGUUUUGUGUGGGGCGGCUCAGACCCUGCCCGGGACCAGAGGCCAGGCAGCAGUGAGGAAGGCGAAGGAAGUGAGCCGGGCCAGGAGCAGGGCCAGGAGCCGGGCGGGGCAGCGGGGGAGCCUAGGGCACACCCAGUGGGCACAGCAGCCCCCCUGCCCCAUCAGGCUGCCAUGUGGGAAGGUGGGCCUGGGUUACCAGAGUUUCCGUUCUCAAGAGACUCCAGAAAUCCGGAUGUCUUUUGUGCCAUCUCUCAGUUUCUAAGUGUUGGCAACUAAGCUAAACAUUUUCCCAGCACACGUGGGUGAGCGCCAGUCGCCAGGCUCACAGCCUCUGCCCCGGGGUCCUGUAGACUGUAGUGUGAGUCCUGGCUUCCCUGGUCACGCCUGGUUCAAUGUCUGAGCCUUACCCGUGGUGCGGCCACCCUGUGCUGUGUCAGGUUGCUUUCAGUCCCCUUUUCACCCAGGUGUUCUGUCCCGUAGUGCUCAUUCACACACACGAAGAAAAGUCAGGAUAAUCCUAGUUGCCUAAACAUGUGCUCAAUAAUCCUGUCCUUUCACAAGACUGUUUGAUUCAAUCACCUUUAUAGCUUGACCGUAAACUGUCACGAAAGGAGCGCCGUGCUGGCGUGUAGCUCACUGACAAACUGUGCAUGGGUGCCUUUUCCGGGUGUUGCUGCACUGGGUGGCUUCGGGAAAGGGCCCGCAUCUCCAGAAGCCUCGUCCACUUGGCUCGUCUGCACAGCCCUAAGUGCCAUGCUCCUGUUGGAGGCUGAGGGGACGCCUGCUCGAAGGAUGUCUUCUGACUUCAGUUUAAGCUCCGUCUGCAAACCUCUUCUGCGUGCUGCACACACUCAGCGGUCCCUCAUCUUUCCUGCAAACACCCGCCCUCCUGUUGCCCCACAUGCGGAGCCCUCAGGAAGGGCCCACAGCCAACUCGAGUUGGUGGUGGUGGCCUCCUGGGGAGGACAGACUGCUGCCUGAUGAGUCAUCCACAGCGGGGGAAGCGGGGUCUUCACCUGAACUCAAGGACCCGUGCCCUAGAGAAAUCAAGGAACGUGGGGACCAACAAAGCGUUUCUAAUUGCAAGACCAGCACGGAAUUUGCUGUUCACCCACAGUACCACGGCUCGGGGAAGGACUUCCCGGGUGGAGCCGCACGUGGGGAUCGGAGGGCCGCAGGGCUUCCUGCUGCCUGAGUGCCCCGCACGCUUCCCCAGCCUCGUCUGAGAUCCAGUAUCGGGGGUGCUCUGGUCCCCUGGGCAGGUCGCACCCUGUCUGAACGGUUGCUCACUUGCUUUUUGCACACGGGUUCCAUAGCCUUGCACUAGUGUCCGUUAACGUCGUUUUUUUACCCUCACAUCCCCACCCCACCCCCAAAGCUGGUAGGACAGAGGUGCACUUUACAAAACUCUCACUUGUUGAAGAGGAGACAGCUCCACCCCUGAGCUCCUUUAACUGACGUCAUUUUCUGCCUCAGAAUGCAAAUAGUUCUUAUUUGCCAAAGAACAACCGGGCCCAAAGAUCAAGUACAGCAUUUCAUGUGAUUGGGACUGGAAAUGCAGGACUCGGGAGCUGUGGUCCGAUUCCUCGGGUGGUGCAAGCUGCAGAACCGAGAGUGAGGCCAGCACGGGCUUGUGCACGGCAGCCGUGAGCUUUCUGGACACGCCGUUCCCCCUCUUGCCCCGUCCCAGCCGAAGGUCACCCUCGUCUUCACGAAAGGAAAUGCUGCAUAGGAAAAACGAAAUGCCUUUUAUUCAAAUGUGUUUUAUCUGUGUCCCCCUUUGUUCUUUAGUUGUGUUUCAUGUUUACUGUACAUUCUAUUCCUGUAAUUAUUGUACAACCCUGUAAGCGUUGUAAAAUUGUUUCGGAACUCGUGCCUGCUAGUUAUGCAAUAAACAGGCUCU